AUGAAGAGAACAUUAACGUCGGUUGAUCUGAAUAUCCGCAACAUCAUGCAUUGUAACGGAGGAGACGAUGAUGACGUAAUUAUGUUAGAUGAAGAAAUUCCAGCUAAAGUUAUAGUUAAAAAUUCCCAGAGCAGCACUGGUCACAGGGUUACGAAAAAUGAUGUCCGGUCGCAAUUGAAGUCGGAGCAAACAAAUAUUGUUUUGGUCUAUAAACCGCCUGGGUCUCCUGAUGGCAUAACACUAACAACUGAAGAUAUUUCGUGCCUUUCACCUGGAGGUCUUUUAAACGACUCAAUAAUCAACUUUUAUUUGAAAUAUUUGUACUUUGAGAAACUGACAAAGUAUCAGAGGCAUGUUACUCACCUGUUCAAUGUGUUUUUCUAUACUCGAUUGACAUGCGAUUAUCCAUCGUCUACGACAAACAGAGAAGAGCUUUCAACGCAUAUUCAUCAACUACUCUCCUGGAUGUGAUUACCAUAAAGGUUUAGUCCUGAGAGGCUAAUUCUGAUGCCUUUGCACGCGUCUCAAACAGAGACAGGGAGAGACAAUUUCAAGAUGAAUUAUUUGCAGUGUGUAAGGUCAGUUGUUCGAGAAGCUUUCGCAUUGUAUAAAUGAGUGUAACAGUGCGAAGUGACAACUGUUAAUGCAAUGUGAUGUCAAUGUGUAAGAACUGCGGUUGCAUAUACAUAAAUAGAUAUACAUACGUAUCAGUGAACUGUGAGUACUCUGACAUGUUGAUUUCACCUUUAUUCACAAAGAUUAUUCUUUCACCUUUGAUAAACUCUUUUAACUGGAUUGCUGUUAACGAAGUAAGUCUUUGCUUUAGUUGCCUUUUCAUCAUCGUCAUUAUCAUCAUCAUCAUCAUCACCACAUAGAAGGGUAACUGUAGUAGUUAUGCAGUGUUAGUGAUUUGUUGUUGUCUAACUUGACUAAAAUGCGCCUGCAUUUUCGACAGUAUAGUCAACUGAUCACUUGGAUAUAUUCCCAUACACUGAGUAGGCAUACACACAGAAGUCAGAUUUAUCUGAGUAAACAACAGUAACCUUUAUUAUUUCCAACAAAAGCUUAAAUUAUCCUUAACACAUCAAUAUAAAAUGUAGUGGAUAGGUAGAUAAAUACUCGAAAUUGGGAUUGAUGAUUACAUCAAUUAUGAUUUUACGGCUAAGA